AUGGUGUCCCUUCUGCAGAAGACCCUCCACAAGCUCCACUGCCAGUCUCUCCCCCCGCCCAGCAAAGUCUUCCACCGCUUCACCAUCACCAGUGCAGAGGUGAUCUGGAGUACUUGGAGGAUUUCCUUUCAACCUAGUCAAGAGAAGGUUUUCCCGAAGGAGGUGAAGAAGCUCCAUAAAGAAUUUUUGCUGGAUCAGCAGUUACAGAGACAGGCGAGGAAUGUCUUUGGCAACAACAUGCUGGAGUACAUAGUUAAUUUAUGUCAGAGCCUUUACGAUUUCCUCGUCCAAAUGCGCGAGAACAUAAUUAUACACAUACUGUCAUUUCUAGAUGCUGAUGACCUUCAACGGCUGUCAAAAACAUGCAAGAAGUUCCAGCAGUUAUGCAGCAGUGAAGAGCUUUGGGAGAGAGUUAAACUGUUAAGAGGGAAACCAGCUCUUGGUAAGAAGAAGAUGGCAUUUUCAGUCUUCAAGAAGCUGAUGAACUUCAAUGAAAAACCCAAGCAGAUGCAGAGAAGACAGAGCACAUUCUUUUAA